CUAAGUCUAUUUCUCCUUCCGACAUUCGCCUGUGCUACCAUAGAACCUGUGUCCCCUGGUCCUGGCGACGUGUUCAGAUCUGGAUCAACUUGUUCCAUCUCUUGGGGUACCGACCGGUCCGGAUCCACCCAACCAUGGAAAAACGCCACCAUCUGCCUCAUGUCCGGCUCCAACCUGAACAUGUCAAUGGUCACGACCGUCGUCGAGCACCUAGAUGAGACUAGCAUGUCAUCGUAUAACUGGCUAUGCCCUGACGUGGCACCCAAUGCAGCCAUUUACUUCUACCAGUUUUCGAAUAACGGGGUCGCGACUGGAUCCACUUGGACCUCUAGAUUCACAAUUGCUUCGUAUUCUGGCAACACCACUCUCCCUGAACACACCAAGCAACCUGGCGGGGCCCCUAUCCCGUGGGGCGUUGGACAUCUUGUAACCCCCAAGAGCACUAAU